AUGGCAAUAGAUUGGAGUAGGUUGGAUCAAAGAGGUUCAAUCCCCACCUUGUCCCCUCUUUCAGAUAAUCGUACAUGGAGCCAACCCGUAAUUAGAGGCAGACGGCCCUCUCCGCGGGCCUUCCACAGCUGCACCACUGUUCGUGAUGAACUAUUUGUGUUUGGGGGUAUAGAUGCGAACAACCAUUUCAAUGAUAUGCGUAUUUUCAACACUUCUUCUCAUAGAUGGAGAUCCCCGCGUGUUGUCGGUAAUAUACCUGAGCGACGAAAAUGGCACAGUGCAACGCUUUAUCGUAAAAGUCUGUACAUAUUUGGUGGCAGUGGGAGAUCUCGUGAUAAUAAUGAUGAGACAUACUAUAGAAAUGUCUACAUGUUCCAUACAGCUCGUUUUGUAUGGAAGCGUAUUGAUACAUUUGGCAGUCUACCAUCUCCUCGCAACAGCCAUAUCUGUUCAUAUCAACUAAACAGGAUGAUUGUGGUUGGUGGUAAAGAUGGGCAUGAUUCCUUUUGUUCCGAUGUCUAUGUGAUGCAAGGUUUAACUUGGAGAGAGCGGCGAACUUCAGGACGUUUGUUGCCCCCUCGAGCUGGUCAUGCAGCUGUUAACUUUGGUGCCAAAGGAACAAAGUUGUAUAUAUUUGGGGGAUAUACGAAUCAAUUCCUAUACAACGAUGUCUAUGUACUUGAUAUUGUUACCGGUGUAUGGACAAAGGUGAUCACGACAGGCGGUAGGCCUUCACAUAGAGCUUUUAUGACUGGUGACUCCUUGGAUUUACAACGUUUUGUGUUCUACGGUGGUUUCAAUGGGAGAUCUGAAGUUUGUGAUGACAUGUACUACUUACACACAGCUUAUGUUGAGAGAUUUAGAAUUCGUGACCUAUACAUCAGCCCGGAGGAUUGGCAGAAUGGACAUGAAUGGUUUGAAGGAGAACUGAGCCACUGUGACAUUUUGAAUUUUGGAUUUAUGGGAGAACUUUGGAAGGAGGAAAAAACGUUUAAGGAAACUCGUAAUAGAGUUAAAGCAGCAAUUGAUAGGGUUAAAGAUUCAAUUAGUCGCAUGAAAUUAUUGCGAUUGUCUAGGAAUCAAUUUGUUUUUCAAAAGAUAUACUCUAGUAUCAUAAAGAAUCUCCAAAAACGCCAAAAUCGUCUAGCAUUAGAGAAAAGUUUGCUUUCAUCCGCUUUAUGGGAAGUGAGAUAUGAAGUGGGCGUUGUUUUGGAGAAACUGAAACCAUCCGAAAAGAGUGUGCUCUUUAUUAAUAGCCGUUCAUCUUAUGAGGCAGCAAUAAGAUUGCGGAACAAAUAUGAAUGCGAAGCAAUAUUUCAUUUUUGCUGUAAAGAAGGGGAGGCGAAAAUGAUGGGGAAGUUGGCUGAGUCAGCUCACCAAUAUGGAUAUCCAUAUACUGUGAGCGGCGAUAUGGGUGUGAUGUCUAAUAUAAAAUUCUCUGCAGCAUAUCCGUGGGGAUGCAAGUUGAGAGCGGAUGAGAGAAAGAUGGAAAGGAUUUUUGAAGAGAGGGCAAAAGAUGAGAGACCUAACAGGAAUGCAAAUGAGGGGAGUGGGAGAAACAAAAAUGUAAAAGAAGAGGAAGAGAGAAAGGAGGGGCCAUCAAGCUCCCACUACUCGUAUAAUAACCAUUAACAGGUACAGGAGCCUGCUGGAAAUGCAGUGAGGGACAACAAGAAGAAUCGAGGAGUGAACUUGCUAGGAAUGGGCAAACUUUUGGGGUCUGUGACUAUUGCCAGGGGAGGAUUGUUUCCCCAUAACCACCAGACUCUUAUGCCUAUAAGGUUGGCAAAGGGAAGGGCUAACAUUGGAUUUACUUCUCAGGAGUUGUAAUUCUAGUGCUUUCGUAUAGAUAGGGGCUGUUUACCAGUUUGUAACAAUUUUAGUGUUUUUCUGUGCUGUACUUGUUUCAACUGAAUUUUCAUGUUGAGGUUCUGUUAAUAUAAUGAAUCUUCUUGCUUUUGCA